GAUCUUUAAAUUGUCAAUGCAAAUUUUCAACACAAUGCUUAUACUUUUCAUUUUAUAUAUAUAUUUAUGACUUAAUGAUGUGGAUUUAUUGAUAUUUGUGGAUUGAGGUAAAAUUGUAUUUUUGUGGAUACUUGAUUUUGUGACUUUGCCAAAAGUCUGCAUAGUGCAUACAAGCCUAAACCUUGUAGAAAUGUGUACUUCAUUGAACAUGCAAUUUGUUGUUCUCAGAUACUCAUAAAAUCAGCAAAACUUGGUAUCCCACUAAAAGCAUAAAACUGAAUAUCUGGCGAGGAAGCAAGUACAUGUAUAGCAUCUGCUGAUAAAAAAAAAUCAGAAAUAAGCUUAAGUUGAAUCUAGUUAUAUGUAUGGAAAAAAAAUCAAAAUUGUCUACCUAUCACAGACCAGACAAACAGAUGUCUAAAUGCAGAAUCUACUUGAAACAUUUAGUGACAGAUGUUUUUCACAUCAAGCACUUAAAUAAUAAGUGGAAAGCAUUAAAAAAGUAAGACACAACUCUUUUAACCAAUUAUCCACCAAGAAAAAUGACAAAGACAUAAUGUAGGAAAUUGUUUCUUAAAAACCUAAGAUGAGGUUAAUUGAAUUUACAUGUCACAUUUAAUGAAUAUUUUGUAUGUAAACAGGAAGUUUAGAGCAACUGGUACAGGAAAUUAAUAAUUACUACAACAUAUGUCUGGGGGCAGUUAUGAUUUUGAAGUGAAGUGGGAAAUAGUUAGUUUCCUAUCUUGCCCUUUGUGUUAGUUAGUGAUAUUUAUUUUGUACAUUAUUGGAUUGCUUCAUUAUUACAAUUGUAAAUGGAAGGUUGUCAUAAUGAAAAGUGCUUUCAGAGAAAAAGGAGAUGAUAAGGCCGAAUCAGAUGAUUCUGGCAAAUUAUCAGCCGUGAGAGAUAACCAACCCCAGCAGAGAAACAGUGCAGUUAUGAGUAAUCAUCGUUUAUAUCGUUCUGCAGUCAGACCAUUCUUUUGUUGUGGAAGUCAGUUUUCACUUAACAGCAUUUCUGAAUUUAUUGAAAUUCCUACAUCAUCAAUGGAAGCAGAGGAGACUGAAUAUGUAGAUAUAACAGAUGAUGAAGAUGAAACAGAGUUGAUGAACUCCUUAUCUAUAGAAGAUGAGGAUCAGGCAAGCAUUAAAGUUGUCCCUGAGAAAGUUUCUCCUAGACAAACAAAUUCAAGACGGAAAAAGUCAGAAAAUACUCAAGAUAAAGGAACUACGAGGAAGAAAUUUUUUACAUUAAAAUUACGUGGGCGUCUUCAAGUGCCAAAAAACACCCGUAAAAAUGAUGAACAAGAGGAAAUCAGUACUGAGAAGUGUGUUUGUACAUCUUUUCGUAGAACAGAUGAAGUAGGUGCUACAGCAUCUGGUAGCUUGGGAGCUACAGGAUCUUUAACUUGGACAAGUAAUCCUUUUUAUUCAGAAGAAAGGGUCCAGUCUCGUCCAAACUCUGUAUGGGGUCAAACAGAUCUUUUUCUCCUAUCUCAAAGAAUUAAUUUUGAUGAACUUUAUCCAACAGAAGAUAUAGAUGAACAACGUAUCGCCCAAAGGGCGAGGGAAAUGGAAGAAGGCAUUGAUGUUAAUGACGUUUGGGUGAAAGCUCCUGUACUUGGUGCUGUAGGUGGCAGUGUUGAACCCUGUCACCAUCGUGGAUCUUGUUCAAGAAUAAAUAAAAAAAGAGAAGACUUUUAUGGAGAAAUAUCAUAUCCUCAAGUAAGAGGAACAUUCUUGCCAAGGACAUUGAUGACUUCAAGUGAGAUGAUGGCAUCCCGUGAACUGUUGGCUAAUCCACACUUAAAUAGACCAAGAAGUCAACCACUACAGUCACAUUCACAAGUUGAUUUCAUUCAUUGUUUGGUUCCAGACAUAAGUGCUAUAACUAACUGCAGCUUUUACUGGGGUGUGAUGGACAGAUAUCAAGCAGAGCAGCUGUUGGAUAAUAAACCAGAGGGUACAUUCCUAUUACGUGAUAGUGCACAGGAGGAUUACUUGUUCUCUGUCAGUUUCAGACGUUAUGGUAGAUCUCUACAUGCUCGCAUUGAACAAUGGAAUCAUAAAUUCAGUUUUGACAGUCAUGAUCCUGGAGUAUUUGCUUCAGAAAGUGUAUGUGGUCUCAUUGAACACUAUAAGGAUCCUAAUUGUUGUAUGUUUUUCGAACCAAUGUUGACUAUUCCACUUCACAGAAAUUUUCCAUUUUCAUUACAACAUCUAUGUCGUGCUACUUUAAGUGACAGAAUUACAUAUGAUGGCAUUAAUUUUCUUCCAUUACCCAGAUCUCUGAAAGAGUACCUCACUUAUUAUCAUUACAAGCAAAAAGUGAGAAUUCGAAGAUUUGACUUGAAUGCAUGAGAUUUAUAGAUUGGGUAAUACCAAAAGAUCUCUUAGCAAUUGUAUUCCAUCAUCCACACAAUCACAUUGAUAUUAAAAGUAUGUUGAUUUGAAAUUUCUUGUUUAAGAUUGAAAUCAUCGCUGGUAAAGCCCCAAAAAUAUAUAUGUCUGUUUCAUGCCUCCAGAUCAACCUUAUGUUUGAUUGUUGACCCUAAUACUUUUUAUUGCCUUGCUAAAAAAAUAUUCAAGAAAUAGCAUUUUGUGUCUUUUUCUGGAGACUCCAAUUUUGUAAUAAAAUUAACCAAAAUGACGUGAAAAUGAUGUCAAGAUUGGAAAUUGCAAUGAUGUUCAUUAUUAUUAUAAGGAAUAAGAUUGGGAGAACCAAUGUUUUUCUUGAUUUUGUGGAUGAGAAUUUUUGUUUUGUCCCAAUGAUCCAUAAACAUUGGUACUCGCAAAGUAAAGAAAAGUACUCCAGGCAUGCCAGGCACACAUUUUGUCUACUGUAGUACUUAAACCAGAUGAGGGAUACGAAUUACUUGCAUCUUAUUUUUUACAUGAUAUACUAUUUUUCAUCAUUAAGAUAUUAUUUUUCAUAAUCCUUAUAACUUGAGGUUGUGAUCACUUAUUGUGUGUAUAUAUUUACCUACUAAAGACAACUUUUCCCUAUCUUUCUUUGCUAAUAAAGGCCUUAAGAAAUUAUUCCUUGAUUAAUCUCUGAUACUUUGAACAUUUACCAUCUACCUCAGUUUUUAGCUCAUCUGGCCCUUGUGCUAAUGUGAGCUAUAAGCUAUCAUUUGCUGAACAUUGUCUGGCAACUGCUGUCUGUUUUAAGGCAGUAGGCCUUGCUAAUUAAAAAUUUUUCCACUCGUUUAAUUUUUCCUAUAUUUACACCAUUGAAAGGGUAUUAAUGUGUCCUAUUUUAAUCAAAGUUUGCCAAAAUGGUGUUUUGAAAGUCUUCAUGAGUCAACAGAGGCAGUCAUUGAUUCAGAUUGGAAGGAGCAAAUAAAGGAUAAGUUUCCCAGAUCGGUGAUCAUGAUGAUUCAGGAAUAUUUCUAAACUUUUCAAUACUACUUAAGUAUAUAUUCAGGUAAAUUUAAGAACACAAAGUCAUAUCAGCAUUAAACUUAGUCUGAAUCAAAAUUUAAUUUAUAUACAUGUAUUGUAAAAUUUAAGUUAUUCAUUGUUAUAUAAUUAUACAUGUACAUAUAUUUAUUAUCAAUUGUUUUAAAAGUUAAUUUUGUACAGUGAAUAGGCUGGACUGCAUCAAAAGUAUUUUCUAUUUAAUUUAUAACAGUGUUAUGAAUGUUGGAAAAUGUGAAACUGACUCCCUUUUCAUAAACCUCAGAUUUUUAACAUGUUUAAGGAACCAGUUUUAGCACAAUCAUUUCUGUAAUUCCUGUAAGGUCAUAAUCAAAUCUAUUUGGCUUUUACAUGAAACCAUUUGGAGAAGUACAAUGCAUGUAUUAAUUGUGUAUAUUAAGCUUUACUAAAUUCAUAUUUUAGAUUGUUUCCUCUAUCUCCAAGGCAGUGUUUCUUUAAAUUAAAAAAUCCAGACUGUUUACUUUAAUAUGUGACCCUUUUGUUUUUCGGGCUGUUCCUUUAAGGUAUACAUAUUAGAUGACAAUUGGUGAGAGAGAGACAAAAUUUUUAAAAAAUGUUAGUGGUGGUUGUUUUAGCUGAGAAAUCUUCUGUUGAUGUUUAUUUGGAAUUGUUGUAAAGCAGGGGCGGAUUCAGGCAGGGGCGUGGUGGACAUGCGUCCCCCUAAAAUUUGCAAAGCAUGGGUUGUCCUCAGCUUAAAGAAUAUUUCUUUAAUUUUACCUCAAAAAUAAUUUAAGUUUGCGCAUCCCCCCCCCCCCCCCCCCCCCCCCCCCCCAACCUAAAAUCCUGGAUCUGCCCCUGUAAACAUUUUAUAAAGGAAUGUUGACUUACAUUACUGUUAGAAGAUCUGUUAUGUCAAGGUUUCUUCAAAAAGAAUAUGUGAUUUGAGCAUUUUAAAAAUCAUGAUUUUAGUCCUGUCAGAACAGAUUUUUUUUUAACACUGAAAAAAUUGAAGCUUAUUACCUCAACAUAAAAGAAUGUAAAUAUCUUAUUUUCUGUUUCCUAAUUAUUUCUAUUUCUACAUAUGUAUUGUUAAGUAUUUACCUAUCAGAUUCUGCAAAAUUAUGUUUUUAAAACACCUGUAGUCAUGGUAGUAAUGGAACUAAUUUAAUGUAUCAUUUAUAGUUUCCAACGGUAUACUUCUUAAAUUGUGACUUUUUAAGUCUAUUGUGAUUCAGUUUUCCCCAUUAAAUUUCACAAAUGAAAAUUUAUGUCAAUGUUUUUCAGCAUUAUUUGAUUCAUGUCUCAUGGUUUCUAAUCUAUGGCCUGUGAGAGGUAAAAUAAAAAGGUAUUUUUAAUUCAUUAUAUUGGGCUCCACCUUUCAAAGAAUUUCAGACCAGCAGAUUUUGUGUAAAUUUUCAUAUAAAUGGUUGAAAAAUUGCUGUAGUUGUAUUAUGUUACCCUUGGUGAUAUCCAUUUAUUGUAAACAGUGGUGCUUAUUUGUUUUGUAGAUUUAAAUUCAUUUCAUUGUAAGUUGAAAGUUACGUAUACAUUUAUUAAAUUAUAUUAUUUACAA